AUGCGAACGUAUUUUUGGAUAACAUUUCAAAUAAUUAUUUUUGUUGUAUUAUACAAAACAUUAAAGAGCUUGUUAUAUGACAAUAAGGAGCAUUCAAUAAAACGUUAUUUAGGUAGUAGGAAUACAGCGAAAGAUAAAUUUGAUGAUUCAAAUGAAUAUAAUGACAAUAAGAAAACGGAUGUUACACUUUGUGAAAAUAACAAUGAAAGUAAUUUAUAUGAAUUAAAUGAAUUUAUUAAAAAUUUACAAUUUGAUAAGGAUAAAUUUUUAAAUGAUCAAAAUAAUAAUAUACUAGAAAAAGAAUUUCGUAAAAAAGAAUAUCAGAUUGUUUAUGAUGAUAAUAAUCCAGAUAUAGAUUUUUUUACGAACAAUAAAAAUUUAAAAAUAGCUAGAUAUACAUGGAAGGCUAAAACAGAAAAACCCAAAGCAUAUAUUUUUGCAUUACAUGGGAUUAGAUCACAUUUACGUAAUCAGUAUUUGAUUUAUUAUGGUAGACCUAUAUGGGUAAAUAAAAAUGAAGAGAUAAACGAAGAAUACUGUAUAAAUGAUAAUAUGGAAAUGGACGUUUGUGAAUCGAAUAAUAUAUUUGAUAUAGAAGAAAAUAAUCUAUGUGAUAAAAAGGUGGAGGAUAACUCAGUUUCUAGUGAUAAUUUUUCAAGUGAUAUAAAGGAUAAGAAUAAUAAUAAUGAAAAUGAUAUUAGAAAACUCCUUGAUGACGUUAAUGUUUUAUUACAUGAUGAAAAUGAAAAUGAUUAUGAUAUUUAUAAGAACUUAUAUUAUUGUUCGAAAUGUGGUCUUUGUAAUUAUUGUAAUUGUGGUAAAAGAACUUUAUCUUAUGAAAAUAGUUGGGUACAGUCAUUGAAUGAAAAUGGAUAUACGUUUUGUGGAAUUGAUAUUCAAUCACAUGGGUUAUCAGAUGCAUCAAGAAAUGAACGAUGUUUUGUUGAAAAGUUUGAUAAUUUUGUUACUGAUGCUGUUCAGGCAUUAGAAAUAUUUAUAAAUGAAUGGGAAAUGAAAAAUGAAUUAAGGCCCAUAAUACUGUUAGGUUCUUCUAUGGGGGGAUGUAUUGCUAUAAAAAUGUUUGAACAUUUAUAUGAAAAAAAUAAGGAAUGGAAAAAAUAUAUUAAAGGUUUAGCACUUGUAUCACCCAUGAUUUGUGUUGACAACGAAAUGAAAUCAUUACGAAAUCGAAUUAUGGUAGGGCUAGGAUCUAUUCUUAGAAAAAUUAUACCUCUUUAUAAAUUAAAAUUUUAUAAUAUAAAAAGAAAAUAUCAUUGGAUUACAUUGGAUGAUUGUAUAGAUCCGUAUUAUUAUUAUGAUGAUUUAAAAGGUGGUAUUGCAUUAGAAUGUGUAUUAGGUGCUCAAUCAUGUAUGACAGAUAAGAUAUUAAAUUAUAUAGAUGAAAGCGAUAUAGAUAUUAUCAUAUUUCAAUCAAAAUGUGAUCGUAUAAUAGACCCAAUUGGAUCUUUAAAAUUUGUGAAUAAGAUGGUUAAUAUAUAUAACAAAAAAGAUGACGAAACAAAUUUAAAUAUUAAUAAAGAUAAUAAUAAUAAUAAGAAGAAAAAAAAGGUAUCAUUAAAUUGUUUUAAUGAUAAUAAUUAUGAGAGUGAUGAUUGUGAUGAUUGUGGUGAUUGUGAUGAUUGUGAUGAUUGUGGUGAUUGUGAUGAUUGUGAUGAUUGUGGUGAUUGUGAUGAUUGUGAUGAUAAUGAUUAUAAUGAUAAUUAUAGUAAUACAGAAGAAAUAAAAAAUAAUGAAAAAAUAUUUAAAAACAUAUCACACAUGGAUUUUAAAAAUACCACAUCUGACGAUUCGUAUGAUGAUAUUGAUAAAUCGUGUAGACAUAAAAAGAAUUUUGUAGUUUUAUCAGGUCAAGAAUUAAGAGAUGAAGACAUUUUAUGGAAACCAUGUAAUCACGGACAUUAUAAAAAUUAUAAAAUAAGAAAAAAGAUGGAAACAUUUGAUUUCAAAAAUAAAGAUGAUGAGGAAAAUUAUAAGCAUUUGUGUGCCCACAUUUUAAAUUAUGGAUCACACGCAUUAUCAUGUGAGCCAGAUAAUAAGGUAACAUGUUCUAUUUUGACUGAUUGGAUUAAUGAUAUAGUUUAA